UUAAUUAGUAUUAUGUUGCAGAGGAGCCAUCCAGUUCAUCCAGAUGUUUCAGAGCCUCCCCCAUUGCAGUCGGACUCUGAGGAGGAGGAAUACGAGGACAUGUCCACCCAAAAAUUGAAGAAGGUGGUUGAGGAGGGUGGACUCACUCAAACCUCCACGGCACUAAUUUUGGGAAUUUUUAUGCAAAAAGUUGACGACAGAGAUGAAAAGUUGAAAAAUGUUGUCAAAGCUGGGUCAUCUACCACUACUACUACGGUGGCUACAACAUCCCGGUUAAAAGCGAUACGGGAGGCAGUCCAAGGAAGGAUUUCAUUUGUGGGGAAUGAUGAAGACUUGGUGAAGGAUCCUCAGUUCAAACUGGCUAUGGAAUCACUCGUCAAGAACCCGAUCACUGCAGUUUUCAACGGUGUCACCCUCACCGCUUUAUGGGACCAGAAACGAUCCAGGUUUGGAUAUCGUGACUCCACUCCCAGGCAUGAGCACCCCAAUGGGGUAAACUUUUUUAAGUGUCGACUGGAUUUUUGUUGGAUUGAUGAGAAGUGUCCCACAUGGAACCAUUGUCCCACUCACUGCCCAACAAGCGUGUAUUUUGUUCGUGAUAUUAAGGCUAACACCACCACCAUUGCAAUCAUCAUUCCAAAGAUUCUAAAAACCGGUGGGUACAAGGAUGAAGAGCUGCAAAUAUACUCCAAAUCAAAAACCGGAUUGUCCAACUCAAAGUCCCUCUACUAUUACAUGGACUCCCACAAAGAUUCCAAAACUAACCCCCACGAAGCUGUUCUUAAAUCAUUCAAUUCCUUCAUUUACUCGACAGAAGACUUGUUGGCAGGAGAGGGAAAUCAGCAUAACAUGGUCGCAAUGAGCGUAAUGACAAUGUUAUACAACUCGGUUUGUGAUGUGAAAGACAGGGUCAAGUUUAUAAAUGAGGAGAUUCACUUCCGAAAUUGUGAUGGAUUUCAGAAGGACUUCUUUGUGAAGUUGAGACAAAUUUUUGAAGUGAACGAUUUCAUCUUCAAAAUCACGGGCGAGAAGAAGUCCACCACCGUUCUACCGAAGUCUCUUCAUCCAGCAGUCUCCUACGGCCACCUGCCCAGCUCGUACCUCGCAAGGGACACCACAACGGGUGAAAUCUACUCCGGGGUUAAAUGGGGGAUGAAGGUGCACACAAAAGGUGCAGGAUCCAAUGGUCAUACCACAGCUAAAAAGACGGCAUUAUCCGAUUUUGACAAGAGUCAGAUCAACAGGGUUUAUCAAUUUGCUCACCCCAAAGCUGAUCUCAUCAAGGACAAGAAGAGUUACACUCGGUUGUCAAAGGGGGAGAAAAAAAUCCACCUUGAAAUGAAGGAGAAAGCUCAGCGCGUCGAAACUCUUGGCCAUAUAUCAUCACUACUCGCACAGAUGCUUGGUUUGAAGAUCAACAGCCACGACAUAAUUUUUAUGGCUCAAAAGUUUUCCCACUUUGAUGACUCCUUUUCAAAAUCUAUAUUCGAUGAUGUGUUUGGUUAUCUGUAUGGUGAGGUUGUGGAAGUGGAGAUUCCAAUGGUGGUUAAAGAUGGGGAUGGGAAUCUCAUUUUUCAGUUUGUUAAGUAGGUUGUUGUUUCUUUUUUUACUAAUAAUUGAUUGUACGGUGCUGCUAU